UUGAGAUCUAUAUGCUUCAUAUAUUUAUGCAUAUAUGCAAACUAUUAAGUUGUCACAUGGGAUCCUCCCAAAUCAUAGAUGUUUUUUUCCACGCCUCGCAAGUCCCCCCGCAAGCAUGCUUCCUCCCACUCACCCUCCCAACCCGUUAGCCGGGUCUACCUUUGCAUGAAAUGGGAAAACGAACACGAGGAUUGCCUGCUCAAUAUUUUGAAAGAGUUCCUUGAAGAAGGUACACGACCACCAUAUGGGAAACCCAUUAUUUCUCGCAUUGCUCAAAGGGUGAACAACAGACUUGCUGAUAGCACUCAGUACACGGAUUACCAAGUUGGUGAGAAAAUUCGCCGCCUAAGAACAAAACAUGCCAAUUACUUGCAACUUAAAAGGGACAACAAUGGUACUGGGUUUAGAUGGGAUGAUGACCUUGGGAUGAUCAAUGCAACUCCAGAGCAAUGGGAGCACAUCAGGACGGAUGCGAAACUUAAUAAGUACUACAAAUUUCAUACUGGCCCACCCAGAAACUUCGAGAAAAUGUGCUACGUCUUUACGGGGUCCAUUGCUACUGGAACUUACAAACAUGCUAGAACCCAAUCCCCCUCAGACUUCGAUUGUGAUGGUGAGAAUCACGUAGAUCUCAAUCUCCCCCCGGCCAUUGUUAACCUAACUAAGGGCCCUAGCUGUCCCGUACAGGAGCCAACAAGCAAAUCAAAGGGAAAGAGGAAAUGUGAUGUGGAUUUGCAGUCCCCUCCUUCUAGCAAGCGUUCCACAAAGGGUGAGGAAGUUUUCACUUGGAUUACUAAUGAGUUUAAUGAAAUUAAGGAUUCAGUCAUUCGGCAUCUGAAAAUAUCCGACAGUUCCCCAUCAGUUGGGGACGCUACCUCUGCCCGGGGGCCUUCAUCUAAAAGUCUUGUUGGAGGGGUGAUGAAGAUAGUUAAUGUUGUUGCUGUUGAGAUGUCAAUACCUCCUACAGCAUAUAUGAAAAUGUGUGACAGCCUCAUGGACCCACACUAGGCGGAGCUUGUAUUGAACAUGAAUGCCGAUGGACAACGUCAUUGGGUCUCAACUUUCAUGACCUCCGACAAUAAUUGAUACAAUCAAUUAUUGUGUUAUGUUAUCUUUCUAUUAUGCGAAAUUUGCAAAACAUUAUUAUCUUAUUAUGAUUGUGUGUAAUACUAAACUUUAGUACUGUACGGCUGCCUAUUUCCUA